AUGCAGUUUUUGAAUGAUAAGCUUAUUCGUCCGAGAAAGACGCAGAGCACAGAAAAUGAGUAUGGUUAUGCCGGUGAAACUCAGGAUGACGAAUUGAACGCAUCAACAGAACGACAAGUAAACGAGGAUGACGAGGCUACUAUUCAGCAAGAUAGCAUCAAACCAGCAGUUCCAAAUCGUGAAGGUAGUUCCACACCGUAACCUAUCAACUGAAACUAAGUCUAAACCUUCUGUUUUGUUCAACAAAGUAGCAGCUAAAAGACGUGAUCCAGACGACCCCCGCCUUGAAGCAGCUUUUGCUGUAAUACAAAAUAUUGGUGAAAAAAAAACAAGGAAAAAUGAAAAAAACGAAUGUACAUUAUACGGAGAAUAUAUGUCGGCAGUCAGCUAGAAAAAUUUGACGAGCAUACCCGUGCUGUUGUAAAGCACGAAUUUGCAAAUAUCCUUUUUCAAGCUGAGAUGGGAAAAUACAAAUUGCAAACAACCUUACAAUCGAGUAACUCUUCAACCCCUAGUGACGUGCCAUCGCCAGAUACUCACUAUGGUAGCCAUCAACAUAAUCAGCAGCAAUUUAAUAUUUGGACUACACCUGUUACAAAAUUGAUUGCUUCAUAUAUUCUUGUAAUUCUUCAAUUAUAGCCAUACACACUUCACGAACAAUACAAUACUAUAGACUGUUUUGAAAUUUUGAAUUUCUAGUUGCCAAAAAAUGCAGUGUAACAGCAAGCCUCUCUUUAUCUGGAAUAGCAC